AUGUCUUCCCCCGAGAAAAUCAGUCCGACCGAAGACCUAGUCGAAACAGCAGAGCCAGGUACCAGUCUCAUGGUGCCAACAAAGUCAACCGACCUCGACGAGGCCAUCCACUACUUUACUCCAGACGAACAGAAGAAGAUCGUCCGCCGGGUUGACUUGCGCUUGAUCCUUCCUCUUGGUCUGAUGUAUUGUGUGGCGUUGAUUGACCGCGUCAAUCUAGGCACAGCUGCUGUGGCUGGAAUGGCUGUCGACCUCAAGCUCACUGGCGAAAGAUAUCCGCUCAUCGCUCUCGUCUUUCUGAUCACAUAUGCCUUAUUUCAGCCACCCGCGACCGUGGCAACGAGGAGGAUUGGCCCUCGAAUCUUCCUGCCUGCGAUUACUUUCCUCUGGGGAUUGACAAUGAUCUGUGCCGCACUUGUGGAAUUCUGGUAUCAGCCGAUUCCCAUUCGAUUGAUCUUGGGCGGACUUGAAACAGGUUCUUUUCCAGGAGCGGCCUAUCUCCUCAGUUGCUGGUAUCCACGCUACGAGCUCCAGAAGAGAUAUUCCUGGUUCUACGGCAUUGGCGUCUUCGCUCAAGCUUUUGCUGGAAUUCUAGGCUAUGGUUUCUCACAAAUAAAGAAUCAUGGUUCUCGUCCAGCCGUUUAUUGGGGCCAGCACUAUGGUCCAACGGCAGAGGAUCCAACAGCACCGUCCGGCAUCCUCCCAGGUAUUGCCGGUUGGCGAUGGAUCUUUAUAAUUGAGGAUACAAUGACGGCUCUUGUUGCUAUUCUGAUUUUUCCUUUCCUCAUCGACUUUCCCGAGGUAUGCAGGAAGGGCUUUGCCUUCACAUUUCUCAAUGAACGUGGGAUCAGAUUUAUUGUGGCUAGAGUGCAGAAAGACAGAUAUGACGUGCUUCCGGAAAAAUUCCAGCUAAAUAAAUACCUCCAAGCUGGCUUGGACAUUCAAGUGUGGGCUUUCUCCGCUCUUUUCAUGCUCAACAGCGUGCCUGUCUACGCCAUUGCGAAUUUCCUUCCCAUAAUCUUGAAUUCUGGGAUGGGUUUCGACGUGGCAGUCUCUCAAUGUCUCUCCUCGCCACCUUAUCUAGCUUCAGGAUGCCUACUCUUGAUCUUCGCAUGGCUUGGAGACAGAUAUCAUCUGCGGUCGCCUUGGAUUUUGAUUGGCCUCGCUCUCAUGCUUACAGGUCUUCCUCUACUUGCCUUCUCCACCAAUACUGGCGCCCGAUAUUUUGGCGUCUUCCUUAGUACCAUGGGAGCGAAUGCCAAUAUCCCUGCCCUACUCACUUGGCAGGCCAACAACAUCCGCGGCCAAUGGAAACGUGCGUUCUGCUCUGCGACUCUCCUAGGCGGAGGUGGCAUAGGCGGCAUCAUCGGUACAGUUGUCUUCCGCUCCCAGGAUGCACCGAAAUACACCCCUGGUAUCAUCACAUGCUUGGUCGCCACUGGUAUGAUGGUGAUCAUCACCCUCGCGUUGGAUAUGAAGGUCUACUUCGCAAAUAAGCGCGCUCGAGGUGGCGGGGAGAUGAUUGAAGGGUUGGAGGGGUUUUAUCAUACGUACUAA